AUGAUGUUUAUUCCUUUUUCUGCUCGCAUUGAUCCAGUCCACGAGUCCACGACAUGGCCCUCGCAUGCAAACAAUGCAAACUCCUCGUCCCAUUGGCUCAGCGAUCACUCCGUGUGUUCUCGGAGCCUGCGCAGGCUUCACAAAACCAUGGCAAGCCUUAUCGGCGCCCAGGCAGGGCAGCAGCCGCAGGUAAGCCCAGUGGACAUGAUGGUGGCAGAGAUGAAGGGCAUGGCUGAUAUCUUUUUCAGGAUGCAGUCCAGCUGCUACAACAAGUGCAUCGCCAGCGUCAAGGAGGAAAAGCUAAGCGUUGGUGAGAUGAGCUGCGUGGACAGGUGUGUAAACAAGUUCAUGGAUGUCCACUCCAAGGCAGUUCAUGACUGCUGCGACAGAGCCCUUUGUUUGCGACCAUGA